UGGGACUCGAGAAAGACCUAUAUGAUUGCGCUAGGUUGCUGCUUAAGAAGAAAUCUUUCCAUGUUAAUCCAAAGACGCUUAGUCUUCCGGUAAAGCUUUGACGGCUAUUACACAAGGAUACAAUAGAGGCCCUCUCAUCUAAGAGCUUCUAUAAUCUACAAAGGACGCUAAUGUCUCAUCUAUCUGAAGCCAUUUCCGUGACACAGUGUGUAGAGUCCUACAUUCCCAACUUGCCCUCAUGCACCCUACCAUAUCUUCCUCAGAUCCUACGUUUUCUCUUAAAGAGGGCUUAUAGCCUCCAAGAUUGCAAACGUUAUGUUGUUAUGCUCGUGGCCGAUAUGGACAAAUAUUUGCAGGAAUGUCUUCACCUAUCAAGGCCCGGAAUAACUAUUGGAAUGCGACGGAACCAUCUUCGCGCAUUUUUAAACCUCACAACCAAAGAACUCCAUGAACCUUUGACCGCCGAGCGCCCUAACUGCCUUGAUCUACAUCUAUGUCCAAAAACCGUUGCUUUCAUUGAACGUCUGCGCAAUUUAGCUUAUGUGCUAAACGUAUCCGCCGAUGAUAGUGCCCAAUGGCAGGAUAUCCUACAGUCAUGCCGUGUAGACGAUACACCUCCUGCUCCCGUUUGCCUGGAAGAAAUAGCCUCAGUCCCAUUGCCGCCCAAGGAGCCAUCCGCCCUUGCCGGCGAAAUACCAAACUUAUCAUCCUUAUGGGACCAACUCGUCCGGCUUCAAGAAUUACUGGAUACGAUUUCCGCUGUUGAAAAUAUUGCCACCGAACUUGACUCUCAGACCGGUCCUCGACGAGAGUCAAAUCAUAUAGACCGAACCCGACCUCGUACUCCCUACCGUAGAAGUACUAUGAAAGGCAGGAUCUCGAAAGUGGCACCACAGACAGCCCCGAAGCGGUUCCUAAUGUGACGGUGGCUCCAGUUGAUCUCGACGGAAAUUAGCGCUCUGGCAAAUGUAGGUCAACCAUCAUUGAUAUUCGAUAGUUGUCGAGGGUGACAUUGAUACCUUCCCUAGAUUUUGAACAUUUUCCGAUUUGAUUUUCGCGCCAAAUACAGUAGUAGCGAUUAACGAUACAUCAGUACUUCUUGAUAGCUUCAAGUACACAGAUCCAGAAAAGAAAGUCAGUUUACAGCAUGCGUUCGCUUAGUUGCGGCUCUUGUGCAUAGUUGGUACAUAGACUGCUGAGAGGCCGGGGUCCUGCUGAAUAACUAGCCGCUCGGUCCUGGUCCCAAAGGUCCAUGGCAUUUGA